AUGCAUGUGAAAGCUGUAACCAAUGCCCUCCCCUGGGCCGCAGUCCUCUACGUCAUCUUCCGAUUGAUCUCCUCAUUCCUCACUACCCGCCGUAACGCGGCCAAAGCGCGUGACCUUGGCUGUGAAGAGCCUCCGGUCGAAAAGAACCGCUGGCCCUUCGGAAUCGACAGUGUGCGACGCGCCCUCGCCGCCGAUCGAGCCCAACAAUUCCCUGCCGAUGUUCUCCAGCGCUUUCAGGAACUGGGGACAUAUACGUACCGCUACAAUAUUCUUGGCUCGAAGAAUCUUCGGACGGCAGACCCUAAGAACAUCCAAGCAAUUCUAGCCACCCAGUUCAAUGACUUCGAUCUUGGACCUACACGACGGGGGAAUUUCCUCCCCAUGCUGGGCGAUGGCAUUUUCACGUCUGACGGGGUAUACUGGAAACAUUCCCGGGCCAUCAUGCGACCGCAAUUUACCAGGGACCAAGUAAGUGACUUGGACCUGGAGGAGACGCAUGUGCAGAAUAUGAUGCGAGCGCCGGAGCCAUCGACCACGGCUGACGGCUGGAUCGAGAAGGUGGACCUCCUCCCCUAUUUCUUCCGCCUGACGCUGGACUCGGCCACCCAAUUCCUCUUCGGGGAGUCCGUCAACAGUCAGCUGCAGUCUGCGGCCAAGUCCCAGGGUAAUGACAAGAGCGAGGAGAGUAGAGAGGCCAAGUUCGCGCAGGCCUUCGACACCGCACAGAUGGCGCUCGCCACCCGCGCCCGGUUCAUGGACCAGUACUGGCUCUACGACUCGUGGGAGUUCCGGCAGGCGUGCGGCGUGGUCCACGAGUUCGUCGACCAUUUCGUGCGCCUCGCCCUGUCCAAGGAUCUCCGCGCGAGGCAGCAGCCUUCCCCGAACGAACCGUACGUCUUCCUCGAGGCUCUGGCGGCGGAGACGCAGGAUCCGCUGGAGCUGCGCUAUCAACUCCUGAACCUGCUGCUGGCGGGUCGCGACACGACUGCCUCGCAUCUUGGCUGGGUAUUCUACGAACUCUCCCGCGACCCCGAGCGCUACAAGAAACUGCGCGAUUACAUCCUCGCCGACUUCGGACCCUACGACGCCCCCCACGAGAUCAUUUUCGCCAGACUCAAGGACUGCAAGUACUUACGCUAUGUCAACGACGAAGCCCUACGCCUCCACCCGGUGAUGCCCUUCAACGCCCGCUACACCAACAAGGACACCACCCUCCCGUGCGGCGGCGGCAAAGAUGGGAAAGCCCCCGUCUUCGUCCCCAAGGGGUCCACGUGCGACUACGGGGUGUACGUGAUGCAUCGCCGCCAGGAUCUACUUUUUGGUGGUAAGUUCAACGGCGGCCCUAGGAUCUGCAUCGGUCAGCAGUUUGCCCUCACUGAGGCCAGCUACGUGACGGUGCGGUUGCUGCAGCGGUUCGAUCGCGUGGAGAUUUCGGAUGCGCACGAGGUGCUUCGGCAUAAUCUGACCUUGACGAAUUGCAUUGCCAAUGGGGACAAGGUGCGGAUGCAUGCUGCGUGA